UUUCAUUGGACUUGAAUUGAGUUAGGGUUUGAUAUUGUACCAUUUUUUUGGGUGAGAAUCAAUGGGAUCUUGUCUCUCAGGAGCUUCUUCAGCUCCUUCUCCUCAAACUAAUAAUUAUGAUUCUUCCUCGGGCUCUUCGUCGAGGAACUAUUCGCGUGAUUCGAGUGCGGAAAUGAGGUUGCAUAGAGUUCCUGGACGAGUUUUUUUGAAUGGUUCAUCUCCUUUUGCAUCGUUGUUUGGUAGACAAGGUGGGAAGGGUGUAAAUCAAGAUGCAAUGCUUCUUUGGGAGACGUUUGGUAAUGUGGAGGAUAGUGUAUUUUGUGGUGUGUUUGAUGGGCAUGGACCUCAUGGACAUGUGGUUGCGAAGAAAGUUAGAGAUUGUUUUCCUUUGAAGAUAAUGGAGGAAUGGAAUUCGCGUCGCGGUGACGACGGUGGUAACGAUGAUAAAACUAAUAACAAUAACAAGGAUGGUGUUUUAAAGAUGAUGAGAGAGUUGUUUUUGAUGGCGUCUAAGUUUGUGGACAAAGAACUCAAACUUCAUUAUGCCAUGGAAUCUUUUGGAAGUGGGACUACUGCUGUUACAUUGUUUAAGAAGGGCCAAGAACUAGUAAUCGCAAAUAUCGGAGACUCAAGAGCUGUUUUAGCAACCCUAGAUUCAAAUGGUUCUCUCAAACCACAUCAGUUAACAACCGACCUCAAACCAGAUCUUCCAAAGGAACUCGAAAGAAUAAGAAUUUGCAAAGGAAGAGUUUUCGCUCUCAACAACGAAUCAGAUGUAGCUAGACUUUGGCUACCAAAAGUCGAUUCUCCCGGCCUAGCCAUGUCGCGCGCUUUCGGGGACUUUUGCCUCAAGAACUAUGGACUCAUAUCUGUCCCUGAAGUUGCCUAUCAUCGCCUCAAUAACCAAGACCAAUUCAUCGUCUUAGCCACGGAUGGUAUCUGGGAUGUUUUGUCCAACAAAGAAGUGGUCAACAUUGUUGCAUCUGCUCCGCGAGCUUCCGCGGCUAAACAACUUGUUGAGUCAGCUGUUCAAGCAUGGAAGACCAGACUUCCAACUUCUAAGCUUGAUGAUUGUUCUGCAGUUUGUCUCUUCUUUCAUCCAAACACCAAUAAUACCCCAAACAAAAAUGGGGGAAUAGAAUCACAUGAUGGCAAAACAAAACAAAGGCAUCAAUAGCAUAUGAUGUUCAUCUCUCAAUCCUCACUCUUUUUUAAGAAGGUUGGGAGUUUUAGUUGUGUUGGUUUCUCUUUUAAUAGUUUUUCAUCAUUAGUUUUUUUUCUGUGUAUAGUUGAUAGGUUAUGUGGAUUUUUUGUAAAUCCAAGUCUCUC